UAUAAAAAUGAAGACAUGAGUCAAUGCAGUAGUAGUGCCGAGCGUGCCUUACUCAGGAUGCGUUCAGUGUUAGUGCUCACAGCCCUGCUGGCUGCGGCGGCGGCUCUGCCGUCAGUGUCGGAUAUACCGGAGCCCGGACAACUGGCUCUGGUUCUCGGCGAAGAUGACUUUGAAGACUACCUCGAUGCCUGGCUGGAGCUUGAGCAAUCUAAGAACGCUUCCAAUGUAGAAGCUGGACCCAGGAGUGGCUGCACGUUGAGAAUAAACGGAGAUCUGGGACAGCCCCAGCCUGUGUACCUCCGCGGUAACAGAUACUUGGCUGCAAACGGUAACACCGGUCAGAUCCGUCUGAACACUGGCGAAAAUGUGGUGGUCGCCUGCACCGGCUCCGGUCGAACCAUCCAGCACUCUAACAUUAUUGCCUCAAGGAACGUCGCUACAGCGACAUGUGUAAACAACAACCUGGUCUCCGGCGCUGGCUGGUUGAACGGCAACCGCGCCUUCGGUCAGCUGACCUGUUCCACACACUCACACCACGAGGCUCAGGGAACUAACACUCGUUGCUGGAAUAAUAACCUCGUUAUUCGCGUGGGUUUCAUCGUCAACAAUGUAUUUUACCCGCUGUACUGGUCUUGCUUCAACCAGGCCCGUAUGGAAGUCAUCUACGUGUGGUAUGACCAGACUCGUGAAAACGCUGUUCACCAAACAGGCGUUGACAGACCUAGCUGGCUGGCUGGAAGUUUCUUCCCUGGUGUUGCUGUGAACACUAUGUACACUCAAGCUAAUCAGAGGACGGUCUUGACCCGUUACGUUGGUGCUCAAUUAGCUGACAGAUAUCUGACUAGCCACCAGUUCUUGGCUCGUGGUCACCUUGCUGCCAAGAGUGACUAUGUCUUCGCUACUGGCCAGCGCGCUACUUUCUACUUCAUUAAUGCUGCUCCUCAGUGGCAACCAUUCAACGCUGGUAACUGGAACUGGCUGGAGCAGAACCUCCGUGCCCGUAUCGGAGCCGCUGGCUACAACACCGUCAUCUACACCGGUACCUUCGGAGUAACUCAGUUGCGUGAUCAGAACAAUCGCUUCGUUGAUAUCUACCUCGUGCCUGAGCGCAACCAGAUCCCAGUUCCUCUCUACUACUACAAAGUGGUGUACGAUGCAUCUCGCCGCAUCGGCACAGCAUUCGUGAGCAUCAACAACCCUUACUACACGCUGGCCGAGGCACGCGCUCGUCAGUUCUGCACUGACCGUUGCCGCAACAACAACGCCUUCAACUGGCUGAGGUGGCAGCCCGACCGCAUCGACAUUGGAUACAGCUUCUGCUGUACCAUUGACGACUUCAGAAGAACUGUACCGCAUCUACCCGCCUUCACAACCAACGGGCUCCUCUCUUAAGUUUAACGUAAUACUCAUAUACUUAAUCAUGUUAAUAAAUCAAAACUUUUAUUGUUAAUAUUAUGUUUACCAAAUAUACUCAUUUUAUGUAUUUUUUAUUUACAAA